GUGGUCUUUGGAGACAAUUCCAGGCCGAAGAACAACGAAAGGAAUAAUCACAUUUGAUCCGUUUGUCUUUUUGCGAAAAUCCCAACUUUUUUCAUAAUUUUUAGCAUGGAUUAGCCUUUUCGGGCUCGAAUGGUGAUUUUAGGGUUUUUAUUUGGUUUCCUAUUUUGAAUGUCGUCCUCGGAUUGCAAGUUUAACUACCGCAUCGAAUCGGCUAUACGCGCUUAUUCUCAAGGUUUCAACAUCAGUAUGAUGGGUUGUGUGGCUACUCAAGCUGUCUGGUUGGAUUUGAGUUUCUGACAUCAUGGGAGCUUGCUUGUCGAAGAAUCACGAUGAUGGUGAUGAUUCUGAGCACGACAUUGACUUUGCUGGUGGUAAUGUGCACCUGAUCACUGAAAAGGAAAGUUGGGAGCAGAAGUUGUCAGAAGCAAAUAAAGACGGAAAGAUUGUUAUUGCGAACUUCAGUGCAACAUGGUGUGGUCCUUGUAGAAUGAUUGCGCCAUUGUACAGCGAGUUAUCUGAGAAAUACCCUUCUUUGAUGUUCUUGGUGGUUGAUGUUGACAAACUAAGUGAUUUUAGCAGUGGAUGGGAUAUCAAGGCCACUCCUACAUUCUUCUUUCUUAGAGAUGGCCAGCAAGUUGACAAACUUGUAGGAGCUAACAAACCAGAACUACAGAAGAAGAUAACUGCUGCUGUGGACUCAAUUGGCCCUCGUCACAAAUGACUGUGCGUUGCUUCCUGUUUUAAAGUCCCCAGUGGAUUAUCAUUUGCAUUGAGUGGCUUGUUCUGCUUAGUUGUCAUGUUUUUGCUCUAUGCGUUUCCGAUUUCUCAUGUAUAUGUCUUUUUUGUGUGGACAUAUUUAUUGUUGGAAAUUUUGGGUUCUUGAACCGAGGGGCGAUGGAAUUCAUUGCAGUCUGAUAGAAAAAGUGAGGUGAAAGUAUGAAAAUUGUUUCAUAUUUGUUUUCCCUUUCA